AUGGUCCACUGUCAGAACCCACAGGCCAACGCCGCGACCCGCCCGCACUCGGUGCUAUUCGUCGACGUCUGGACGCAAAACUAUCAAAAGUACUCCACCAAACCCGGUUUUCAGGCGUUCUGGGUGUCUCAGAAGCCGAGAGGCGUUCGCUGGGAGGCCGCUCCCGGUCGCACAGUGCUGGACGACUGCGUCAGUGCCUGUCAGGACAGGAAGGGCGUCAAACUCGUGCUGGUGGGAGUGGAUGGCUGUGAGUGUGGCAUCACCACAUCGGCCGGCUACCGACCGGCCAUGGCCUGGGACGCCCGGCCGCCAGCCAGCGCCGCGCGCGGCUUCCUGCUCGUGCAGAUGAGCAAGGCGUCCACAGGGUACGUGGAGCCCGUGUUCGAGUGGAUCACGAAGAGAAACAACACCCACAAGAAGGAGAACGAGGUUAAAGAAGCGCCCACCUGGAUCAGAGUGACUGUGGCGCACUCGAACCGGAAGAGCCUGCGGCGGCUCUCACACCUCAGUAAGGAGGAGCGACUCUCACAGAACCUGGAGCGGACCGUGGGCACGAGAGGCAGCCGCGGCCUGAGCCAGCAGCGCGAGCACAGCACCAUCGAGCAGCGCUCCACCACGCUGCACGGCCACCACGAGCGAGCCACCAAUCAUACAGAAGUCACCUAG